UAUAAUUAGCAGUGAUAUUCAAUUCAUUCUUUGCAAAUGAGUGUAAACCUGUAUCUUUUGGGUCCAUUUAGUAAAUAAAAACAUGAAGAAUUGAAGACCAUCUUGCUAUGAAGCAUGGAGACAGGACAUGAGAUGGAUAUGACACUAUACAGAAACACCAAUUUUGCAAAUCCCAGCAAAGCAUUCUGUAAUAUUCGAGUUGUCAUAGAUAACCACAUCGUACAUGAUAUACAGAAACACCAAUAUUGCAAAUCCCAACACAGCAUUCAAAAGUUGUCAUAGAUAACUAUAUCAUACAUGACAAACAUUAAUUUUUGUUCAGUAUUUUAAAAACUCUAUAGUUCUAGGUCUUCUGCGUGCGCGUGCGCAGACUCCUGAAAUCUCUCAGUUAGAUUGCACAUGAUAAUGGAGGGUGAAACCAACUGGACAAAUAACCUAGUGGCUCUCAAAAGUAUUCAAGACAUUUCAGGAAAUGUCUGGAGUAGAUCCCCUAGCCAUCACCAUUUUUUUUUUUUGAAAUAGGUAAACUGAUAUCAAUACAGAGUAUCCAAUAAAUAUCAGAUCUGGCAUUUCUGAAAUGCUGUGUUUGUUGUAAGACAACUUUUCGAAUUGCACCAAUCUCUAACUUAGGACAGCACGUUAUGUUUUAAAUGCUUUUAGAUUUAAUGUGUAUCCAUAUGUUGCAUAUAUUUUCUAAUGACAACUUCAGUUUACUUAUGUUUGACUCCUGAACUUGACAUAUGUAUGCUAAGGCGAGACCUAUUUGCCUGAUUAAUGCUGAAACAUUUUUAUUUUAGUUAAACACAGGCAAAUGAAUGUGUGAGCAAACUGUCAGUGUUACAUGCUACUUUUAUUCAUUUUUUUUAUAAAUGUUUUGCUUGAGUCUUUGCAACCUAAAUCCUCUCAUAUCUUAGUAAUGUUCAAUUCUUCACUUGGGUUCUGUCCCCAAAUUAUUUCCAUAUUUCCCAUUUAUUGUAUUACUCUUCUUGCUGAAGUAUGAUUUGCUAUGAGAUAUCCAUUGAAUAAUAGAUACUAUAACUUCAUCAUUUGUGGCAACACUUUCAAUUAGAGUGACUGCAAACAUUUUACUUUCACUUGAUUUAAUCAUGUGGCAGUUAUAUUUUGCCUAGCACUUUUCAGUUAUUUUUGCUUGUUUGCGUUCCUAGUCCCUGCCGUUGGUUUCACAAUGAUGUAUUUGUAUUUAUGCCUUCUGUUUGGUCCUCUACUUGUUACUUGAUCAUAACCAAUAAGAGCUGGUGAUGAUAAGAGAUUGGUUUUCUAACAGGAGCGGAUCCUGUAAAAGACCAUUGCUACUGUGUGCAUGUUUUUGGCGGGAAAAGUUGAAGAAACACCUCGGCCUUUGAAGGAUGUUAUUCUUGUAUCAUAUGAAAUUAUCCAUAAAAAGGAUCCUGCUGCUGUUCAACGAAUUAAACAGAGGGAAGUAUAUGAACAACAGAAAGAACUUAUUUUAAUUGGGGAGCGGCUGGUACUUGCAACUCUUGGUUUUGAUCUGAAUGUGCAUCAUCCAUAUAAACCCCUGGUUGAAGCAAUAAAGAAGUUCAAGGUUGCUCAAAAUGCCCUUGCACAAGUUGCUUGGAAUUUUGUCAAUGAUGGGCUACGUACUUCGCUCUGCCUGCAAUUUAAGCCCCAUCAUAUUGCAGCUGGUGCCAUCUUUCUAGCUGCCAAGUUUCUGAAAGUGAAGCUUCCAUCAGAUGGUGAGAAGGUCUGGUGGCAGGAAUUUGAUGUUACCCCACGACAGUUGGAAGAGGUGAGCAAUCAAAUGCUGGAGUUGUAUGAACAAAACCGUGCAACACAGCCACCAUCCCAUGGGAAUGACGCUGAAGGGAGCUUUGUCACUGGGGCCAACCCACAGACUCCUGCAAAAGCUCCAGCUGCUGUUGAGGAGUCUUCACAAAAUGGAUACUCUCAGGCAACAAAAACUGCUGGCAUGCAGAGUGCUUCCUUGACAAGCUCACUGGCUCGCCCACUCCCUGAUCAGUUACAUCCUGAUAGGCAAAAUGGGGCCCACAGGGUUCCUCAAAAUGAAAGCAAAGGCCAUGGGAGCAAUGAGCAAAGAAGUGGCUUUUAUGACAAUAAAGUGGAACCUGGACUGAAGGAUCAUCGGCAUCCUGAAUCAGGGAAUGUGAUAGAAGCCAUAAACAGCAGAUCCAAUUAUGGGUCUGAAUGUCCAGUAGAAGAGUCUUCGAUGCCUGUCACUGGUGGAAGCACAGAAAUAAAAGACAGGAAUAUUGGUGGCAAUGAAGGUCCCAAAGUUUACUCUCCCUUGGAUGCUAUAAAGAAGAUUGACAAGGACAAGGUGAAGGCUGCAUUGGAGAAACGGCGAAAGUCUCGAGGUGAUGUUGCUAGGAAGGUGGAUCUGAUGGAUGAAGAAGACCUCAUUGAGAGGGAGCUGGAACAUGGUGUUGAAUUGGCAGUUGAGGAUGAGAGGAUUAAGCAGGAGAGGAGGCAUAGCUGGUCAAAGCCUUUGUACAGACAGGAGCCUCAAAAUCUGGACCGUAUAACUGAGAAUGGGUACCAUGGAGCUGACAAGGCAAUGGAGAAUGUGGAAGAAGGGGAGCUGUCGCUUGAUAUUCAGGAGUUCCAUUCUCCAGAGCCUGGCAGCCAGAAAAGGAAAGCUGUGAGCCCAGGUAAACAGUUUGCGGGAAAGGAUGGGUUUGACCUCCCACAUUAUCAUGCAUCAUCCUCAAAGCACCACCGCGAUACUAUUGAUGAUUCACAUGUAAUGGGAAGAUUUGAACGUGCUGAGAGGGAGCACAAAAGGCCCCGGCAGGAAAACCAGGUCUGAUGUUCGUAUAAUGGUGGAAGGCAUUUAACUUGUGAGGUUAUCACUUCAGAAGGGAAAAAGCUGGUCGGGUGCAAGCUUUGCCUAGGUGCUGAUCUGUAUCGGGAUGCUGAGAUAGAAUUUUAUUAUCCAUGAUGUGCUUGUGCAGUCCAGACCCUUCAGAGAUCAUAAAUUCAUCUUGAAGUUAAUUUUAUAUAAACAAAUAUAUACCAGUUUUAAAACUCUCUUCUGUGCAGAUCCUGAUAACGUUUAUUUAUGGCCUUAAAGGUGUGCCUUGCUGGUUUCCUUUUUCAAUGGAGACCCAUGAGGAGCAAAAACUGUGACAAGUAAUUAUCCAAUUGGUUGCAAAUCUGUAGUGAUUUUUGUUCCAUGUAUAAGAAAUGAAAUACGGUGAGGUAAAAAUUCCACCCCGUUCAAUUGUUUACAGCUAAUUUGUUUAAUUUACGAUCUGAGGUUGGAAGAUAAGUAUCACUAGUUGUACCCUGCUAUGAUCAUAUAAUGAGAUACUUAUAUUUUUUCCAGGAUUCUUAA